AAAUAACUUAACUAAGUAUGUUAGAAAGUUUUAAAAUGUCAUAUUUGGACGGACUUGAAUUGUGGUACCAUGAUAAUGCAUUUUUGGCAUAUGCAAGGUUAUUUAUUAUUCUCUUGAUUACCAUGCAAGUAGGAAGUUGGAUAUGGUGUAAAUAUAAAAGACAUAGUUGUGAAGGAAUUCAAGCACAAUUAUUAAGAGCAUUUGAGGAAAAUAAGAUUGUGGAAAUCAUAGAAAUAUUAAAUUCACAUCCCAAUAUCAUCAAUCAGUCAAUUUUAGAUACCGGAUAUACACCAUUUAUGAUUGCGUGUUCAUUAAACGAGACUCUGUUAGUCAAAGUUAUGUUAUCAAAAGGUGCCGAUAUUCACAAAAACACACCUCACAAUGAUUCUGUUUUUUAUUUGGCAAUAUUUCACUAUAUUAGAAAUCCAGGAAAUUUAGAUGCUUCUUGUAUUCGAGAACUUUAUUAUGCAGGAUGUGAUAUUAAUGCACCCAAUGGCAACGGGUACACGCCUUUGCAGAUGGCUGCGAUGUUUGGCCACACUGCUCUUGUAAAUUGGUUGCUUAACAAAAACGGCUCCGUAUCGGUUUAUCCUCAUCCCAUUGCAAUUGCUUCUUCAUAUGGUCAUCUAGAGACAGCUGAGCUUAUUUCCAAUUGGGUUAUUUCUCAAGAAUAUAUGUUGAAUUAGACAUGUAUAUAUUUUUUUCUCUAAUCUUACGGUUAUAUAUCUGAAUUAAAUAUGUCAUUCUAAUUAAUAUGAAAUUCGUAUGUAAUAGGAUACAAUAAAAUUUAUAUUAAUCAUUUUAUUAAAUUUUAAUUUUAA